GCAAGGAAAGAAAUGCGUUUGUUGAGCUGUGAUGGGACGCUCCUGCAUCGUGCAUGUGCAGCUUCAACAGUCCGGGCUGUCGCUUUAAGACAACGAUAGCUUUGUGUCUGAUUAAUUCAAUGUACGGCGACGCGUUAGUGGAGAAACCUUAUUAGAGCCGCGCAGAAAGCGAGAGGAGGAGAGGAGAGGAGGAGCGCUGCGAGAGAAUUGGGUUAACUUAAAUAAAAAAAAAAACAAAAAACACUUGAAGUUAUCAUUAUAAUAAAACCGUGGGUGUUUUUAAGAUGAAGACAUCUUGAGGAUGGGUUGCUGGGUGUAAAAGUCUGCAUCAUCGCGCACUGAAAGGAGGGAUUUUUUCCAUCACCAGCUUGAAGUGAAAAGACAUCACAGGAGAUCGGAAGGCAUGUCGUCGGAAAAACACGGUCUCGAUGACUCUGGUCGUCAGACCAUGCAGCCUCCACCGUACCUCCCCGGCCCGCAAGAUCCAAACGUGCCCCAACACCCCAACAUGCAGCCUGCACCGGGCACCCAACCCAACUACCCUCCUCCGCCUCCUCCUCCGGGAUCAGAGGGAUAUCUCCAAGAAACCCAGUUUCACUGCGGCCCGAUGGGACCGCAGGGGGCCCCGCCGCAGGGCUACACGGUCCAGACCCAGGCCCCCGGGGGCACCAUGCCUCACCCACCUGUAGGAUACCUCGCCCCGGGCUACCCGCUUCAACUGCAGCCCUGCACGGCUUACGUACCUGUCUACCCCAUGGCGUCGGGUCAACCCUACAUGCCGGCCCCCGGAGGCCACCCAGGAAUGCCACCGGGCCAGAUUCAUCCCAUGCAAAUGCCACCAAGCAUCACCCUAAUGGACCGCCGACCGCCACACGACUACCUGCCCAUCGCCGUGCUCACAACCGUCUGCUGCUUCUGGCCAACAGGCAUCAUCGCGAUCAUCAAAGCAGUGCAGGUGCGCACGGCGAUAGCCAGAGGGGACAUGGUGACGGCGGAAAUAGCCUCCCGCGAGGCACGCAACUUCUCCUUCAUCAGCCUGGCUGUCGGCAUCGCCUCCAUUGUGCUGUGCACCAUCCUCACCGUGGUCGUCAUCAUCGCAUCGCAGCACCACGACGACGACUGGGAGCCGUAACUCCACGCAGCGUCAAACAAAUGGGAAAUCAUGGCAUAUAUUAGCUAGCUAAAUACUCUCAAUCGUUUUGGAGGAAAUAGGAGCUCUGAGAUUUGCUGCUGCAUUGCUGGCCCUCUGAGUACAGCCACAGACACACACACACACACACACACACACACACACACACACACACACACACAUAACCUGCUGCAUCAAACACACACCAAAAACAACCAAUCACAGCUGAUGUUCAAACGCCAAAUACCAGCAGCUGUCAAAUGAGGCAUGUUGUUGCUGUUAGCACAGCAGCCGCUUAAUAUUUACACUCAGAUAUGAGCUGCAAGAGGGACACAAAGCUCCCUGUAUUAACAAUUCAUUUGACGCUGAUUAAUUCAUACAGAUGAUGUUGUUAGAUGAGCGGAUAGGUCACCGCUGUGUGUUUCAGUUUUAAAUAUUCUAACAUCUACUAAAUGGGCCCAUGCAGAGUUAUUUUAGGAUAGUUAAAUGCACAUUUUAGUCUUACAAGUACACGUUUUACUCUUUAAAAACAAAAAAAGUGUUGAUUUACAGAGUAGUAUUAUUGCUGACACACUCCGAUAAGAGACUGUCAAACUGAUUGAAAGUGUUAGAGGCGGUGAUCAAUACUCAUUUAACACACCAAAUGGAGACUGGACUGACAGUGUCUAAUGUAACCAAACAGUAUUUAUUUAAGAUUGGUUUAAAUGGACAUUUUUGCCGGAUGAGAUGAUACAUAACUUUUGAAUUAUAUGUUUGUUCAUUUAUUUAAAAAUGUUAUUUAUUAAUUUAUUCAAUAUCUACCCAUGCAUUGAUUUGUCUGCUAUAAUUUAAACUAGUUUGUCGCAGCUAUCUGACACUUUCAAAUUGGCUUAAAUUUGAUAUCUAAUGCACUUUGUAGUAACCGGACAAGACGACGCAGCUGCUUCAUAGUUCUUAUAGUGCAUGAUAAAUAUAAAUUUUAAGCUAAUGGGCGUCUAGUGCAAUAAUAGCUUGUCUCCUGGCUGUUGGUCUAGAAGUGUGUGGUACAGUAUUUUCCAAACAAAACAAGAAAAGGAGACAUUUUAGAUGAUAAGUAUUUGAAUCAAUAUUGUUUUUUCGCAAGUAUUUUAGAAGUGUUAUCGGCCUAUUUUGUGUUGCACAUCUCUUAGCUAUUUAAUCUCUCAGACACCGUGUGUGAAAUUUUAGUGCAACUUAUGAGGCAACAUAACCCUGCAUGUCAUCCUCAGUUUGUUUCCAUUCGUCGAGGCUAGACGUGCAGCUGUGAGCUCCUAUAACGUCGUUUCACUGUUGUAACACAAUCAGUCGGGGUUCGACACAUUAAUAUGGUCUUCAUAAUGUAGCAGCAGGUGUGCUGUUGUUCGUAAGAGCCAACAUGGCCGUAUUUUAACGUUACUGUAUGAACUGUUAUGUGAGGUGUUACAGGAGGAACUGAAAAUGAAUGUUUCUUAUAGGAGAGAGAGAGAAAAUAUUAAUGCCUAUACUGUAUUGUAGCACUUUCCGCUCUAUGAAAUCUUUCCUCCGGUCUCUUUCCUCUCUCUGUUUGUCUUUAUCCUGUCCACAUGAGUUAUUGGACCUAUUAAUAUUUCCCCUUUUUCCUCUGUUGGUUCCUAUGAUGAUGCUAUUUUUAAAAGAAAUAUACAGAGAUAUUAAAAAGUAUGUUUGUUGACAAUGAACACAAAUAGAGACAGUAUAAAUACAGUUAAUUCUGUAGUUUAUAUAUUAUUAUUGUUCUUAUUAAUAUUAUUAUUGGCAUCUGCAUUGCAUUUGAUUAUCACUAAUGUAUAAUAUUAAGUACAUCAAGGCAUGUAUUUAUCAAACUUCUAAAAACUAUUCUUAAUAAUCCUCCUAAAAAGAACUUAGUAGUGAAGCAAGUUUUACAAAAGUCAAAUUAGGGACAAGGAUUUAGCCAACAAUGGCCUUAUUUUUUUAGUUUAUUAUUUAAAAAACAAUCCAUACAUUUCAAUCAAUUAUUCUUACGGUGCCAGCUCCACUAUACCGACCACUCCCAUAUUUGCUGCAAAAAAGCUUGCAGGGAUACCUGCUAUGCGGACCAAGUAGGCAAAGCUUGCCAAACUUAAAAAUUCGAACAGUGCUCACAUCAAGACAGUUAAGCAAGCUGCAGCCACAAGCGACUGGUGUGAUAGGGCAGACACGAGUUUAUGCAAAUUGGUCGCUUGUAAUAAGACUGGUUUGUUUAAGUGUCACAUACGAGUGUAAUUAACCUUGCUUAAUAUUCGGCUCCUGCUUAUUUCCAUUCAGCGUGAGCUAAGGGACAAAUAAAACAUUCACUUCUGGUGGCAAAGCAAUUUUGUAUCUUUAACAUAACUUGUAACUUUGGUGAGUUUUGGCCAUUCAAGUUGCAGUAAUUAGUCCUAAAACAUGAAAAAAUAAAUUAGCAUUUCAGCACCUCUGGUACCCUCAUGAUUAAGUCAGUGCUGGUGGUUGUUUUUAUGUGUUUUUGGUUAGAUGCCUGAAAUAAGGUCUGUGGUUGAUAACAAGUGGCUAAAUGAGACUACAGAGCGUCAUCACGGAGAACGUGACUUUGUUGUGGUUGCGACAUCAAGUCAUGAAACUCUGAUGUAGUUCGUUUACAGCCUAACGUUAUCUUUUCAUUAUAAAGUGGUGUUCAUUUCUGAAGAUUGUCUUGCUGAAAACACAAAGUGCAAGUAUCCUAUUACACAUGGUUGUUAAACAAAAACUUAUUUUCUGCUGUAAUCCAAAAUGAAAUGGAAAUUCCCAUAGGCUUUUGAUCAAGGGAACCAUGGCAACGUUAACAUCUACAUCGGCCUAAAAACACCAUCCCAGCAGCACUCUUUUGCUCAUUAUCUUUUUACAUUUUACUCAAUGAUGAGUAUUUCUGCUGAAACAUUGGUGAUUAAAUAAAAACGAAAUUACUCUUACAGAUUCAGAUAACAUAUUAUUCAUUAUAAACAAUGAUAUUCAGUACAGUCAAUCCAAAACAUGUCUCUGAAGGUGUGUCACCAACUCUGUUUCUUAACCUACUUAACUCUUAAAUUUAAGUGCAUUUUAAGUAAUAAGAAUUUUGAUAAAUAGCUUUUAUUCUAAAAGCAAUAGUUUGACAGUUUGGGAAAUACACUAAUUUGCUUUCUAUCCGAGAGUUAAAUGAAUUGUUCGAUAGUAUACCAAUCUCAUGUCUGUGCGCUACAUACGAAGCUACAGCCAGGAGACGUUAGCUUAGUUUAGCCACAGCUAGCCUGUCUCUGUCACCUUUAAACUGUUGUUUCUACACUUAAGUCUUUUCAUGUAUCUUUAAAAAAAGAGAUAUAACAUAAUUAAUGACCCUUAAAUGUGCUAGUAAGUGGAUUUUUUUAUUACUUUUGGAUAAAGUCAAACUAGCUAUUUCCCCUUGGACCUAAGCUAACUAGCUUGUAGCUGUUACUUAAUAUUUAUCAUAUUAGUAUUGAUCUUCUCAUUUAUCUGAUGGCAAGAAAGUAUGAAUAAGCCUCCCAAAAUGUCAAACUGUUUAUUUAAUAAAUAGGAAUAAAAAUGAAGGAUUUUUUAACCCCAAAUUUUUACCGUCAGCUAAUAAAGUAGCUUUUAGCCGUUUGAUAAAUACAGGCCCUUAUAGGAUUGACUUAGUGAUAUUUCAGUGUUAAAAGAGUAAAUGAAGCACAGUAUUGUUUAGUAUUAUUAUUGUACAGAGGGCUCUGGCAGUGAGUGUGUGUCUACUGAAUAGAGUCACUAUCUAGUUUGUACAGCGCUAGGCUUCAUCUCCCCGUGUGCUCUCUGAUGGGACUCGUAUGUGCUAGCUGUUUACCACACAGCUGGGAGAUGUAUUCUUCAUUUUCAUUUGUUCGUUUUGUUUUUUGAGCUUGUAAAUGCGACGGGGUUGCUUGUUUCAAAGAGCCAAAAAUUACCUGUGUACAUGUGGUUCUCUUGGGGUUUAUUAUUAUAAUUAUGUUCAUGGCUGUGUUGCACAUGGUUGUUUCUGACUUCAGUUGUUUGAGUAAUGAAUAAAAGAUUCAUUUUUGGGUUGUGAACGAUAUGUUGGUGAAGGCGGUGUCUCAUUCUUCAGGUUUGUUUUGUCUCUCCAUCCUCUCGUUGUCUCUCCAUCCUCUCUGUGUCUCUGUGGCUUUUCCUCUCUCCCCUCAUCAGGUGCUAUUUAUAGCUGCCCCGGUUUUCUCCCUCUCCGUCUCUGUUUUUCCUCCCUCUGUCAGAACAUGAACUAUAGUAUCACUCACUAUCUUCUGUUUAAUCACAUUGUGUUUUACAGCUGCUCAUGUUUUCACUUUAUAUUGCACAUUAUGGUGGCAGUCAUUGUUUUUGUUUGUUUUGCUUUAUUGCAUCAUAAAUUGAUGCUCGGACCAUCAAUUUGGUCCUGACUAAAAUAUCUCACAUAUCAGAUGGAUUGCGAUGAAAUUUCGUACAAACAGCAUUCACAUACAGUGUCAUCAUCUUUUACAGUGAUAAGGCGAACGUGUGAGGAAACAACUCAAUCGCAAGAAUAAAUGUUGGCAUUGUACUUUUUUUGAAAACCACUGAUACAUUACAUUAUUACCUCAUUAUGUAGCCAAUAUGCUGAAACUUCAUAUUUCAACAACACUGUGAUUAAUGUGUGGUUAUGUUAAGCCACACAAACUACUUGGUUAGGAUGACGAAAAAGAUCACAUGUAGUCUUAAAAUAUAUGGUUUUGUUGACAUUAUUUCCAGCUGGAAACACAGCGAUCUCUUAGUAAAAGAAAAAAAAA